AUGGGGGAUUUGGUGGACCCGAAGCCGAAUUACGAUGUCGACGAGCCCGUUUACCAACCUCAGGAUGCUCUGGGCCUUUCGGCGCGCGCAGCUGCAUUAACUGGUGCUGCUGGUCUUUUCGUCGCCUCUGUCCAGAACACUGUCGCCAAGGAACAAAUCGGUGCCUUCGGGGUGUUUACACGUUUUGGCAGAACCAUUGGUCUACUCACGGCCAUGGGAGGAACGUUCCAGUUUGCAAGCUCGGCUUCUGCAAACCUACGAGAAAAGAAUGACUACAUAAACCAUGUAAUCGGCGGUGCCCUGGCUGGCUCUUUGAACGGUCUCUGGAAGCGGUCAAUGACAUCGACGCUGGGCAGUGCUUUGGCCCUCGGCACCGCGAUGGGCGUGAUCAGCUACACUGGCCGCUCAAUGUUCGAAUCUUCUUCAGACAAGGCCUUCGAGGACCGGAUGGCAUAUAAAGAGGAGACAAGGUCUCGGUUCAGGAGACCUCUCAAUGAAACAAUCAACGAGCUGGGAGAAGGACGAGGUAUCUACGGCCCGGGUUAUGAGGAAAGACGGAAGCAAAGAAUUAAGGAAAGAUAUGGCUUCGACGUCCAACCACCGUACUAUGAAGGCAAGCCCGCCCCCGGGGCAUGA